UAUAUUUUUUAAUUUUCUAUAGUUUUUUUAAAGAAUGAAAUUUUAAAAUGGAGAGCUUUCUUAAGUGCUUUUGUAAACUCCAAAAACAUGUGGAUGUAUAUUUUGUAUCAAAGAGGUUAAUGCUUAAACAAUCCAUUAAUCAUAUUAUGAGCAAAAAAGUAAUGGACAGAUACAUAAGACUACCAAUGCCCUGCAAUAAGGUUUUGGCAACAUACUGUUGGAUUGACGGAUCAGGCAUUAACAUGAGAUGUAAGGACAGGAUUUUAAAUUGUACACCUUAUAGUGCCGAUGUAGCACCCGGUUGGGCUUUUGAUGGAAGCUCCUGUGGCCAAGCCGCCACCGAUAACUCUGACACGUCUUUGAAGCCUUGUGCAGUAUAUAGAGAUCCGUUCAGGCUUGAGCCACAUGUUAUUGUGCUGGCUGAAGUCUAUAUGGGAGACGGUUCAGCAGCCCCUACCAAUCAUAGGAAAUUCUGCAAUGACUUAUGUGAAGCACAUAAAGCAGAAGAGCCAUGGUUUGGUCUAGAACAAGAAUAUACCAUGUUAGAUGUUGAUGGUUGGGGAUUAGGCUGGCCCAAAGGAGGUGGUUUUCCUGCGGUAAAUUAUGAAUUUUCUUACUGUGGAGUGGGAGCAAAAUAUAUAGCUGGAAGAGAUGUAAGUGAGGCUCACUCAAAAUGUUGCUUGUAUGCUGGAUGUGAUUUCGAGGGCACCAAUGCCGAAGUUAUGUUUGCUUGUUGGGAAUGGCAAAUAGGCACAACGAUAGGAAUAAAAGCUCCAGACGACAUGUGGAUGUCACGGUUUCUAAUGUCUCGAGUAGCUGAAGACUACGGUGUCGUUAUUACUUACCAUCCAAAGCCCAUGGGUCCAAAGCAUCCAGGUGUUGGAAUGCAUCAUAACUUUAGUACAAAAAGAAUGCGGUCCGAUGGCGGUUAUAAGUUCAUUGAAGAAUGUAUUAAAAAAUUAGAACAGAAUCAUAUGAAGCAUAUGAAACGAUACGGUGCCGAUGAGCAAACGAAUCGCAUGCGAUUGUCUGGUAAAUUUGAAACAGCACCUUUUGAUAAGUUCUCUUGGGGUAUUGCAAAUAGAAAAGCCUCUAUUCGUCUACAAAGAAAUAUAAAAGAGAAAGGCAAAGGUUUUAUGGAAGAUCGAAGACCAGCUGGUGAUUGUGACCCCUACCUUGUUUGUGGGCUACUGAUGGACACUUGUUUAGGUUCAGCCGGAAGUGGAGGCUCUAGAGGAGGCAAAAAGUGCUAAUUUUAAUAAAUAUAUAACAAUAUUAAAUUUAUUGA